UGUGCUAUUACCAGGUCAACUACAGUCUUAGAGGAAUCAGCACAUCGUAAAAAAAAAUUUGACCCAACAUUGAUAGGAAAUAAACCAGAUUUUUCAGUUUAUAAUAUGUUCAAAGAGUCCAAUCAUAAUCUUUUAGUGAUGGAAGUAAAACCUGUAAAGCCUAAUACAAAUCCAUUAUUCAGUGAUCUAAGAAAACUUGGCAAUGAGAUGAAAGAUAUAAUAGACAAGUGUAUAGAAGAUGGCAUUUAUGAUGAUAGGUUAAAAAUUUGUGGCAUAUUG